AUGCCUGGCUCUAACCAAGUUGUGGUCAUCAAUAUUCACGUCUUUGGCACCCAUUCCAAUGCCAAUCCUAAUCCUGGACAAGUAGGUGGGCCCAGGGGCAAAAGUCACGACAAAGGAGUUGAAAGUGAUGCUGCAGCUGCUACCACUUCUCACACUGUCUUGAAGGACACCUUACGUGCAAGAAAGGAUGACUUCUUAGCUAUCAAAUCAAAACAUGAUUUGUUGGACUAUAUCAAGCCCAAGUUGCCUCCUCAUACGUUACCCAAGCUGAUCAGGUAUUUGAAAUUCACAAGAAAGUCAAAGAAGCACAAGUGCUUCAUUCCUUUGGAUAAUGAAGAAGAUUUCAAGUCUCUUGCAAGGAGCUUGAAAGUGAAGAAUCAUGUCAAUUUGAACGUGGAGAUGUUGCCAUUAUCUAUUGUCUCUUCAUCGUCUCUGGAGGCAACGCCAUCUAAGAUGUCAACACCAUCCCCAUCUCGAUCAGCAUCCUCAUCGUCAACGUCAUCAUCAUCUUCAGCCAGAACCGCAGUAACUACAGAAACUACAGCAACAACAGCAACAACAGCAGGAACAGCAGGAACUGCAGAAACAGCUGCUACAGCUGAUGCUACCUUACCCCCUAUUCCAUCAAUUGAUUUCGCUAGGUUGGGAGAUGCUUUGCUCGAAGCAACUUUGGAGCAUUUCAAGGACUUCUUUAUUGAAAACAGACAUAAGGAAACAGAUAGCAAAGAAGACCCAACUGGUACACACAAAAAUAAAGAGUCAGGUGCCACUUCAUCAUCCUCCGGAGCCGACACCACAGCCAACAGUAAGGACACUUUUCGUCAAGAAGACACGGUUGUGGUGCAUCCCAAUAUCGCAUGUGACAGAUGCUCUCCUGACGACUUUGUUCCUCUCAAGGGAGUUAGAUAUUGCUGCUUGGUUUGUUCCAAUUAUGAUCUUUGCGCAGACUGUGAAGGUGAACAACAAGCUGCAAAAUUGACUUAUGGAUCUCAUUCAUAUUUGCAUCCAAUGGCCAAAAUAACCGAACCAGACUCUUUUACAAGAGACUCAUUUACCAAUAAGUUUAAUGUCAAUGGUGCGGGACGCGCUGGCGCUGGUGGUGUCGGUGUUGGUGUUGGUGGUAGUUUUGAUCCAUUCACCGAUUCGAGACCCAACGACAUUAUUUAUGAUAUCCCAUUCCUCAGUUGCUCUGCUGAAAAUAGAUUGAGAUUGGAGAGCCUUCUUCAAUCCAAAGGAUUUGAAAAUUUCAUCAAGAAUGUUGAUGGCUAUAUCAGCAGAAGCGACAAGUAUUCACAGCUAUUGAGUAUUUUGGAUGCAAAUGGGUUUUCAUUUUCCAAUCAAGAUGACAGCCAUCGUUUUUUGGAAGUGUGCAUUGAGGACUAUUUGUUGAGAAAAGCUUUCAAGGAAUCGGUUAAUGAAGAUGAAGCUGGCGAAGAAAACCAAGCUGAGCAGGCUGAAGAAGGUGAACAAGAUGAACAGGAUGUUGACGUCAACAAAGUGACUACAUGCGACGCUGUAGUCAAUUUGAGUUUAGGUUCAAAGUCAACAAAGCUGUCUAUUCAGUUGAUCAAUAAAUCCAGCGUCACCAUAGACGGCGGUGAUUUCCAAGUUGAACUUGUUGAUGGUAGUGGAGAAAAGUACAGUUCAUGGGUCAAGUCAGCCGCCAUCAAGCCAGGUCAAGUGAAGUUUUACAAGUUGAACCCAAUUCCGCAAGAAUUUAUAUUCAAUGAUCACGCGAAAUUGGCUAUUCUGACACCAAAGUUGGCAUUAACUAGCUUUGCAUCAAAUCAAUUUGAAUUUCAGAUGGAGAUGACGAUUGAGAGCACAGAGGAGCAACAAUCAAGGGAACAAGGUGAAGUUGUCAUCUCAACUACGUCCAAAGAGAAAUCCGCAAACGAGCUUGAGUUAAUUAAUGACUACGCAACCUCUCAAAACCCAGAUGAUGUCACUGUCUCCUACAAGAUACAAUCAAGACUGAUUUUCAGUGUUGAAGUUCGAAACAAUUCAAGCACGCCCUUCACCGGCCAUAAUACAAAGGGCUGCGUCUAUGUGCAAGGAGAGGAAGUCAUGAAGCUGGAAUUUCACCAUCCUCAUGGGUUCAAACGAGGACUUCCUGCUACUUUCAAUUUUGUCUCUCCAAAAUACGACUUUUCAACCAACAACGACUUCGCUAAUUCCCAAGUCAGGUUGGAGUUUGAAUUUGAUGGCAAAAAGGCUGAAUGCUACUUUUUUGAGGGUCAAACGGAAGCGAGCUUGAUAUUUUUGAAUAAUGAAGAAGGCAGUGCUAGCAGCUCUAUCACAUCAACAGAGGAGAAGUUUGAAAUUGUGGAUGAAGAAGACAAAGGUGGUGAUUCUGUUGGGUUGGCAAAAGAUGUGUCGGAAUCUUUAGACGACAAUGCAACUACGAGACUGGUUUCAUCAGCUCAAUCAGCUUCCUUCCACUCGAUGCGUUUACCAGUUUUAGCACGUGAAAGUGUCGACUUGUCUGAAUUUAUGGAUGCCAGGAAUGGAUCUGGAAAGGAUGAAGGAGAUAAAAACGAUUACGACGUGUUGGAAGAGGAUGAGAUUGAUUCUGAUUACGAGAUUCUUUCGUUAGCAAGCACUGAUUCUUUUUAG